AUGGAGAGCGAGCUGAGACCGAGGCUCUGUUUCCUGACCAAAGGAGAGGGCGGUUAUGGCUUUCACCUGCACGGUGAGCGGAAUCGAGGCGGGCAGUUCAUCCGCAAAGUGGAGCCCGGCUCCUCGGCUGACAUGGCUGGGUUGCGAGCCGGGGACCGGGUGGUGGAGGUGAAUGGGGAGAAUGUGGAGAAGGAAACCCACCACCAAGUGAGUAAUGUUUCAAUAAAUCAAUUUAUAAAAAAUCACUGACAAGUGCUUACAUGUAAGACCAUACACAAGAGGAGCUCACAAACUCCGAGGUACAAACAAUGACUUCUAUACCUGUUCGACCACUUUUCCCUUGCCUGAGGAGAAGGAGGGGGGGAUACCAAAAUGGGUCAAUGUGAUCCUUGUGUAAUGGGAAUCACUGGUGUCUUUGUGGUGCUUAAAUUGUGUCAGGUGCAUUGCAGUUCAGGAUGGCCAACAAACCCCAAAUGACAGGAGUAGCAUGAAAGUUCGUCUCAGGUUGAUCUCAAUGCUCUUCCCUCCUCCUUGCAGGUGGUAAACAGAAUCCGUGAUGUGCCCCACCGCACCAGGCUGCUGGUGGUGGAUAAAGACACAGAUGAUUACCUCCGCAGCCGUGGCCUGGCCUGCACUGAGGACCUGGCCAUUGAAAUGGGAACCCUCUCUCCGCGUCCCUCACCGGGGCCCACUCCGUCUACCUCGCCCUUACCCAGAGAUAAUGCACCCCUGUCUCCAAAAACCCACCACACACAGUCAUAUCACCCACCAGGUGCAACGACCACAAACACGAUCCAACAAGAAACAGCCACAAGAUCCUUAGUGCCAUCAAGCACAGCAACAGCCACAGAGGUAAGACUGAUAUUGACACAUAAGGCACUUGUUCCGAGGUGUUUCUGCUGCCAUAUGAGCAGCAGAGCUGACUCUUUCUCUUUGUUUGGUUGUGAAGGAAAGUCCAAACUUUGGAUCAGUCUGUCCAGUGGACAGUGAGCCAGUGUGUUUCACUACACUAUCACUGGAUGGCUGUUUUGCAUUAAUUUGGACCUGAGCACUUAGAACUUCUUUUGUAGUGGUCUGAGAACAGUACCUUUAUAAAGAGCUUGGUGUUAGUUUGAACCACAGGGACUUGAAAUGAAGAGAGAGAUAUCUGGAAUCAUAGCAUAAACCAAAGGUUAGUUGUGGUGACAAACCAAGUCAGAAAUAGAGGAAAAGACUCAAAGCUAUAGUCAACAAGUUGCAAGUAAAGAUUACCUUCUUUAGACUGGUAUUUUUAUUGUUCUUUUCUGUAAUACAUUCAUUAUUUUGCGUUUUUCUCAUCUGAAUAUCCUGGACCGUUACUAUUGCAAUAUAUUCCCCAAUACACAGCACAAUCCCUUCUGUCUUUCAUCCUGUGAUAAAAGAGAGUCUCCAGGUAUGAGAAAGUAAAAUCUCCCUGUGGGCUUUAUUACCCUAUUGUCAAGAUCACUUUCAUUUAACAGCUGCUUUUACAGAAUUGAAAGCUCAUUGUUCCAUCUGUCCUCAGGGCUCUGCCAUCUGUAAGCGGUGUGAACAUUUGUAAUGAAGAUUGUAAUUCAAAAGUUCUGCUUCUUGGUGCAUACAGGGAAUUCACACCUCACACAGUGCAGGGUUUGUCACACCUUACAGCAAACAUUAGAGACCAAACCCCCACAGAAGUGACAGUGCAAACCACAAAACCACAAAUAAAAAAAACGUACUGUCGUUAAGUUAUAGGUUUUGUCAAAAAAUUCUGCAAAAUGUAAGAGCAUUAAUCCCUGAACUGACCAUACUUAGAUGUACAUGAUAAAUGUUUUGUUAUGGACAUGUGUUAGGGUAGUUUUCUUGCAUAAUUGUUUAACUUUAAUUUGGGUUUGACAAGGCUUUGCAGAGAGGAAAGCACAAAGCAGACAUAGUAGGGAUCAGAUUUUCGGAUAGCAGUGAGAUAUUUGCAUAGGUGUUGUUAUCUUCCUGUGUAGUCUUUUUUUGAGCACACGGUCCCACACUCUCAUGCUGUGGGAUCUCAUCAGCCUCCGACCUUUCAGUGAUAACAAAAGGAUUUAGUUUGCUAUCAAACACACUUAUUCAAAUUUUCAAGGCAGCAAGCAUGACAACAUAAAAUAAUAAUCCCACAGGUGCCAGCCAGACAUCACUGAAACCUGUUAAUGUCAGCUGUGCGACAGAAACAACCAGGAAGUUUCUGCCAGAGACUGAACUCAGUGUUUGGGCUCCAAACAUGUUGAAGUGCCAUCUGUUUAACCGGAGGCAGGGUAAAUACAGGCUGCCCCUUGGCUGGCUAUCACAACUCACCUUCUCAGUCUUAGUUACAGGUUCAGAUCAAACAGCAUAACAACACAGUGACAGCACACCCUGUACAGCUGGAGGUAAUCUGUUGCGUCACUGCAGACCGUGACAUCAGGUGUGACCCAACACUUUAAACUCAAACUGAAACUUCCGCUUCAGAUGUUUAUUUUAUUAAGAGCUGCUGUGAUGGAAAAAUAAGUCUAGACCCAUCUGUGUUGGACUCUAGAUUUAGGAACCUUUGGUCAACUAUUUCCACAUCCUGCCCUGUUAUGAGCAUCUACAGUUUGUACUUUUAUUAACUAAAAUACACGAUAACAAAGGUUUGGUAAUUAUUCUUAUCCUUUUCUAAAUGCACAAAAAUGACCAUUAUUUAAGGUGACCUUGAUUUGCCUAAAGUAAGCCCAGAGGAUAUUAUGCAUUUGGCCCUUUUUGUUUUUAUUUGUUUAGUGCAUUAAUGUUGCAAGCCACCGACUUUUAGAAUUAUCACAAUAAUAAAUCAGCUCAUACUUUUAUACAUUUCCAGUUAAUGGAGUCUGCAUUAUUAUUAUUAUUUCUGUCUGCUACAUGUACAGCCCCCUUUAAAAACCAACCAACCUGUGUUUUUUAAGGUUUGUUAAUCAUCCCAAAAAAUUAAACACAGUUUUAAUUUUUAAAAGAAAAAAAACAGCCUCUUUUUUACAUUCCCACUUCCGUAUCAUGCGACUUGUGACAUUCACUUUGCAGUACGUGUAAAUACAGACACCAUUUCAUCAUGGCAUGAUGUUAUUUUGGCAGCAGGCAUCUAUAAACAGUUGUCUUAUGUAAUGUGAUUGAACAGAAAUAAAAAGAGCAGGACUCAGUCACACAUUCUUGACUCCAAAAGUUUGCCUUUUAGUUUAAAAACUGAGUCACUUAAAGACUUGCAAAGUACUUUUAUUCCACAGUGAAUCUACUUCAUCCUGACUGUCUUUAUCAUGACCAUCUUGGAAACGCUGAUUGGAAAAAUAAGUCAGCACUUUCCAGAUCAGCGUAAUGUGCAGCCUGUGGGUGUUGAUUUAUUUGGGCCGACAUGAUAAAUAUAGCAAACAGGUCAGCAAGAUUAAAGGAGAUCUUUAAAACCAGCGGGAAACUUGGUGACCUGUCAGUGCAGCAACCUGACCUGUCACCAUGGCAAUCCAUAAUCAACAUGUUCUCCCCCAUUGUGACAUGGAGGGAUGAACUCUGAUUAACAUGAUAUUGCCUGUACACUCCUUUUGUCAGAGAAUGGCUUAUCUAUGAGAAGUAUGUUAACAUGCCUCUAGGUCACAUGACCAGUCUCAGACAUGAACAAUUUGAGGCUCUCUCUCACACACACACACACACACGCAGACUGAGUGUACCUUGGAGUAGACGCGCAGGCUCGGUCAGAGGUGAUUCCAAGUGUAGACUCUUGUCAUUGGUCAUUAGACUUUUAAUCUUAAUGUCUCUCAGCCAGAUCCACUUAGUCCCCCUCCGCUCAGCUAUGAGAAGACUGGCUCAUCCUGGCAGAACCACUUUCUCUUUCGUAGCAUACUAUAAAGACAGACCAAUAUAAAGGAGUUGUUAGUUAUGUGAAAAUUGGAAAAGAAAUUAAGAUAUUGACAGAGACAUUUGAAUAUUAUGACGCAGUAAAUAUAUGCAAAAAUAUAUAAAAAUGGUCAGAUGUGUCAUAAAUCUAGUCUCUGUUCUAGUCUAAAUAAUUUUGAUAUGAGUGAAAUGACUGAUCUUGACAACAAAACCUUGAUAAAGACAACAGGAUAUGAUCACGUGCCAAAGAUAUGAUUCAAAUGAAAGUUCUGAGUGGGGCAUUUCUUCUCUAUACGUUUCUAUUUUUCAUCAUUUAACUGACAGCUUGGAGAUUCAAGUCUGUUAAGGUCUGUUUUGCUCAAUUCAGACCUGCAGGUUCCAGUGAAACCUGUUGCAUAACCUUUGCAUAAACUGUAGUUGUUGCAAAAAAACUUCAAAAAGCUGCUGAUAAAAAGUUUGAAGUUGCGAUUUGUCUGUGUUUUUAAGAGCGGCUUUUAUUUAUUAAGUCAAAAAUCAAACAUGCUUUUGAAUUUCUUCAGAUUGUAAAAUCUAUCCAAAAAAAGAUUCAAAUCAGUUUGUGCUUGAAAUAUUUAGUUACACAAUUUUUUAAUUAAAAAAAAACACAUUUGGUGCAUGUUGUGAGGAUUACACAAAAAGAGUGAGCUUUAGAUCUGAAGCUGUUUAAAGGUCUAACUCUCUAAAUCAUGGGCAGGAUCAUUUGAUUAAGAUUCACUACAACAUGUUCUUUGUACACAUGAUGUCUACUGCACACCUCCUGUAUAUGCAGAUAUAACCUGUAUAAUUUGUGGACAACUUUUCAAUGCAAUCCUCUAUGUUGUGAUGUUUAUAUUAAGUUCUCAUCUUGGAGGUUCCUGUUGUUUUGUGUCUUAUUCCAGCAGAAGGUGCAGCCCUCACUGCAGCAGAGAGCCGAGCUUUUACCUCGUCUGUGUCACAUGGUGAAGGGGGAGCAUGGCUAUGGUUUCAACCUCCACAGUGAUAAAACAAAGAGAGGACAGUUUGUGCGUUCAGUGGACCCUGACUCAGCUGCUGAGAGUGCGGACAUGAGACCUGGAGACAAACUAGUGGAGGUACAUCCAAAGCAUAAACACACAAACAAACCUACAAGGGAGGAGAGCCAAGGGUGACCCAAAACUGUCCUGUCAGAAGAUAUAAAUUAAAAGACUUGAUUGAUUGAUGAUUAUGGAAGUAAUUUGAGGGCAUAAUUGAGUGGAAAAACAAUGCACCCACUCAAUCCAUUAAUCAGGUCUGUGCACAGAUUUGAGUGCGAUUGGAUUAGAGGAGAUUAAGGACUCAGGCCUAGAGUGGGUGGAAGAGGAGGAGGAGGAGGAGUGCAUAAGGGCAAAAGUAAAAAAGACAACAUGGGAUAAUCUUGAAUAAAAGUGCUCUUGUUAUUGACACCUAUGCAGGUAUUACUGUGACAUCUUUGUGCCUCUACUCUCCUCUUGUGUAAGGGUAAAUGAACAGGAAGUGACAUCAUGCAAAUUUAUGACUCCAACUCUAAUUAAAGAUUGAAAUCAUCUUCCUUAGUGUGUGGGAAACAGAGUACCUCCUGCUGGUAAUGGGGGUACUUUCAUGUCUUUGCACAGUCUACAAACUGCCUCCUAUCAAGGUUUCAUUUUUAUAACUUCGUAAUUUUCACUGUUUCUCUUCUGUUUCUUUUUCACUGUCUCAGGUGAAUGGAGUCAACAUAGAGGGCCUGAGGCACUCAGAGGUAGUGGCACUCAUUAGAGCAGGGGGCCAAGAGGUGUGCCUCCUAGUGGUUGAUCAGGCUACGGACCAGCUCUUCCAAAGACUUGGGAUCACACCCACCUCAAACCAUGACCAAGGUUACAUUGAUCACACACACACACACACACACACACACACACACACACACACACACACACACACACACACAUUGGAAAACUAAAGUAACCAAGAGUUUUUUUUUUACGUGUUUUCUGUGAUCAUAGUAGGUUUUCAUCAUCCUGAUUUAUUUCUAAAUAUUUGUUUUCAUCAGAGGUUUAGUUUUAAGGCACAUUAGUUUUUAUGGUGAUUCUCACAACCUUUUCAGACAAAAGUGGGAGAGUUUUUACAGGAUGGAGACUGUGUUUUCCAUGAGUGUGAUCACCCUAUGAUUAAAAUGACGUGUCUCUUUCUGAAGCAUGUAUUUGUUGUGUAUCUGGGAUGAGAUAAGAUGUACUUGAUUGAUUCAAGAAAAUGUCCUUUUUGCAACAGUUGUAGGUUAGAGACACAGUUAGGUGGGUGGGGAAUUAAAAGAUGCACAUUAUGUAAAUUAUGUUGCUACGUAAAUCUAUUUACCGUGAUGUGACAACCACAACACUGUAAAACUGUGGUGAUUCACCAAUCUUGUAACUUAAGUAUCUUACAAACAGAAAAAAAAAAAUCACAUAGUACGUUUACAUGAUUGCCAUUGUCCGACUGAAACUGGACUUUAAAAAUGCAUGUAAACACAUUAGUCUGACUGAAAUCAAACUUCUCAUAGUCAGACUAACAUACCUGGAUGAUGUGGUUUGGAGACUGAUUGACAGAACCUCAACAGACAAAGACAGGAUGAAACUCUCAAAAUAAAUGGCACGGAGCUGUAAAAGUGAUGUCCUCUUAGCCUCUUGCUAACGUGCUUUGUCGGCUGUAUUGAUACAUAACACGUUAACUGGGAGACGACCUGAUAGAAACAAGCUGGAAAAAAGAUUCAUCACUUCCUGUGGCAGAGGUGCACAUACUGUACAUCUGUCAAUAAUUUGAUUCUUGCCCAGUGUGUGUAAACUGGGGCAAGGACAGUAGUCCAGGACUUUGCAGACCAGAGGAAGGGCUGUUAUUGGGAGGUACUUUGGCCUCAUUUUUGUGUAGUGGAAAGAGGGGGAAACAUGUUGUCCCUCUAUACUACAAUGACACACUUGCACUCUCUCUCUCUUUUAGCAGCAAAACUUGUGCUGAGUUGGCUGAAUGUUUUCAAUGAUUCUCUUACAGAGGUUAGUGUGGAUGAACCAGCCACAGAAAGCAAACCACCUCAACCUCCUCCAAUCAAUGAAUUCCCCACCACAGAUCCUCCGAUCAUCAACGUGACGCUGACAGACGCUCCGAACGCAAAUUCAUCUCCAAAAACCCGGACCAACGGGAGCUCUGCAUCUCAGUCCUCAAGAAGUUCCACAACCCAAUCAGAGAUCAGCAGCUCAGACAUGAGCAUCCAGGUGAAAGAGGAGACAUAAGAAAAUUAAGAGUCUGAAAAUAGGUUUUGAGUUGUGCAGUCAAGUUUCCUCCAGACUGAAAUCUUCUCAGAGUAAAGCCAUCUCAAAACCACAAAUCUUCAGUCUUUCUUUAAUUUCCUGUCAUUUUUCAUCCUUUUAUGUUCUUUUGUCUGAUUCAUUUCUUUUUGAUCAUCUUUAUGCUUUUAUUUCUUCUCAUUACUUUUAUUUACCCCUUCUUCAUGUUUCUUUAUAUUUUUUUUUGUAGCUUUCACUCUUUCACUCUAUUCUCUAUCUGUUUAAACAGCCUGUGUCAUCUCAGUUAAGUUUCUGUUAUCUGUUCCCUUUUAUUGGCAACUUGUGUCUGGUUAUGUAUGAGAUUGUUCUGUUGACUUCUGAGCAUUUCACUGGGGGCUUUGUUUGUUUGAGCACUUUGUAAACCCUUGUGUUAAAAGUAUUAUAUUAAUAAAAUUAUAAUUAUAAUAAUUAUAAUUAUAAUUACCUAAGACCUUGAAAAGUCUUUGCAUAAAACAUAUACGCUUCAAUGUAUUUUAGGUCCCAGAUGAAGAUGACAGGCGUGUUUCGGAUCCUUUCGUGGACAGUGGCCUGCGUUUGAGUCCCACGGCUGCUGAGGCUAAACAAAAGGCCAUUGCCAGCCGCAACAAAAAGAGAGCGCCUCCUAUGGACUGGAGCAAAAGACAAGAGAUCUUCAGUAACUUCUGA